CAGGGGUCAGACUUGGAAAAAGGGGGGUGAGAGCUGCUGAAAGUUGGUGAGAAAGUCUUCAGCAUUACCCCUGAGCCCGUCCCACCCUCAGCUGCCUUGUCCUCCCCUCUGCUCUCGUGUGUGCGUCUGUGUUUUGUUUGGCCACGACAAUGACUGUGGGGAACAUGGAGAGCGCUACUCUCUUUGAUGCAGGGAAGAAAGGUCGUGGCCUCAAAGCUGCCAAGGAGCUCGUCCCCGGAGAGGUGAUCUUCGCCGAGCCGAGUUUCUCCGCUGUGGUCUUCGACAAUUUUGCCACGAAGGUUUGCCACAGCUGCUUCCGGCAACAGGCUAACCUCCACCGCUGUGCUCAGUGUAAAUUUGCCCACUACUGCGACCGCACCUGCCAGACGGCAUGCUGGGACGAACACAAGCAGGAGUGUGGAGCUAUCAGGAAGAUGGGCAACGCCCCCGCUGAGAACAUCCGCCUCGCAGCUCGUGUGCUGUGGCGCAUACACAAGAACGCGGGCAUCAUGUCCGACAGUCAGCUGAUCUCUGUGGACCAGCUGGAGGACCACGUCGCUGACCUGUCCGAAGAAGCUCGUACGCAACUGAAUGCUGAUGUGCAGACCUUCCUGCAGUUCUGGUCACAUGGAAGGAAGAAGCACGACCCUGAAUACAUCUCUCACAUCUUUGGAAUUAUCAAAUGUAAUGGAUUCACCAUGAGUGAUCAGAGGGCCGUCCGUGUCGGCCUCUUUCCCAACCUGUGUCUGGUGAACCACGACUGCUGGCCCAACUGCACCGUCAUCCUCAACCAUGGAACCCAAACAGCUUUGAGUUCUACGCUUCACUCUCAGAGGAGGAUUGAGCUGCGAGCCCUGGAGAAGAUACCGGAGGGAGCCGAGCUGACGGUCAGCUACGUGGACUUCCUCAGCCUGUCCUCUGACCGCCAGAAGAAGCUGCGUGAGCAUUUCCACUUUGACUGCACCUGUGAGCACUGCGCUCAGCACAUCAAGGAUGAUGUGAUGAUGGCAAGCUCGGACAGCAAGCCUUCUGCUGACAAGGUGAAGGAGGUGACGGCCUUCAGUAAAGAGUGUCUGGAGAAGAUCGAGGCAGCUCGUCUUCAGGGAGACUUCCCGGAGGUGGUGAAGAUUUGUCGUGAGUGUCUGGAGAAGCAGGAGAACGUUCUGGCCGACACUCACCUCUACAGGCUGCAUGUCCUCAGUGUGGCCGGUGAGGUUCUGUCUUUUCUGCAGAACUUUGGUGAAGCAGCAGGAUACGCUGAGAAGAUGGUGGAGGGAUACAAGAGGUUGUACCACCCCAACAACGCCCUACUGGGCAUGGCCAUCAUGCGAGCUGGUGUCACACACUGGCAUGCUGGGAAAAUCGAGGUGGGCCACGGUUUGAUCUGCAAGGCCUACGGUAUCCUCAUGGUGACGCAUGGACCCAACCACGCCAUCACCAGGGACCUGGAGUCCAUGCGCACACAGACAGAGCUGGAGCUGAAGAUGUUCCUGCAGGACGAGUCUGCGUAUCACAGCAUGAGGGAGGCGGCUCUGAAGAAGAAGCCCCUGGCUCCGAUCUCUGCUGGCGGUGGAAACGUCAAAGAUGUGUCCCGCAAGAAGUAGAGGACGAUCGCUGCUGACCUGGUCAAUAAAACUCUAGUCUGUCUCGAUGCGUGUGGACCUGAUCACUGUCCUGUCUUACAGCGUCCAAUGCAAACAUGUCACAUGUCGUAACAUUUCUCCAAUAAAUGCUGACUUAUAAGAUAUGUUGUCAUCAUUUAUGCAAAAAAACAAACAAACAGGAAGUUCACUCUUCUGUCAGGCCCUGAACAAACAUCUGAGAGAGAACAAAAGGUAUGGUACUGUACUAACAACCACAGUGACUGUAGUCACCAGGGCAACUGCACCAACAGAACAACACCCAUUACAGCAACAGCAACUCAAGCUUUGUUUGUUCGUAGAAACACAGAACCUUUUUUCAUCUUCGGUGUUACUUAAGUGAGCCUUCCAAUGGGACCCCAACACAAGAAACAGCGCAGUACCAUUGGAAAACAGGGAGGGGGGGCAGUAUAAGGCAGCAUAGCAUUUUAGACCAAGACACAGGUGACAACAUAUUUGAGCAGUCCAUUCAGUGAAAAAAAAAGGAAGAAUUUCCAACAUGAAAAACAUUUUUAUUCCAAGCUCAUCCUGCCACUUCCUUUUAGAAAGGACGUGAGGAUCCACAGUACACACAGAUUCUUCAAUGUAGACAUUAACUAUAGAGGCUGUGAAAGGACAGAUCCAGAUUCAGCUGCUGCAGGUUCCCACCCAGCCCCGAGAAGCUGCGUCCGAAGGAAGUCAAGCCUUGGCUUGGUGGUCAGUUUUUAUUGCUCCUAGUUUUUGCUUAAUUUAGAAAAAAUAUAUGUAUUUUUCUGCAAUACAGAAAAAUGUAGAAAUUCCUCAUUAAAUUAGCAAAAAAAA